CCCAGCCCUCACAUCGCUCUUUUGUUGUAUAUUUGUUCUCGCCAACUGAGCUGUCAUUGAGAUACUCUUUUUGUGCUGGUUGGUUAUUUCUGCUUAACCACUGCCUGCUAGUCUAUUCAUUGAUCACUUCGCUAUUCACAAUGGAUCGCCAACUGGCUUCUAAUCCAUUGCUUACUAUCAAUGCUUCCUAUGUCGCUAUCGCCCAUGCUGUCUUUGCCUAUUCCUCCUUCAUAGUCGCCCUUAUCAUUGGCUGCCUGUUGCAUUACCAAAAAAUCGUAUCUAAUGCCUGGUAUCAUUAUCCUCAAGAAUGGUUUCCCAGUGUUUCUGCUACAAUUGGUGACAGAUACCCCGAGAGAGCUAUAUUCCAGCUUUCAAUUGCCCUCACUGCUGGUCCGAGAUUCUUAUUGAUUCUCCUAAAUUACUUGAAAUUGUACAACAAGAACAGGCCCUUUUUAACCAAUUUGUCCGCUAUAUCUGCUAUAGUAAGAACAGUCACUUGUGGUGGUUGGGUUUAUAUCACUUCAACUGAUGACAUGGAUUCCCAUGAUUUCUUUAUGAUUUCCUACAUCGUCCUAUCUUUACCCUAUGAAAUUUCAAUCAUAAAAUUGACUCCAAAACCAUCAAAAUUAAGAAACUUACGAUUACUAGUUUCGUCCUCUUUCUUCUUAGCUCUUGUUCCUCUUAUUUACCUCUACAUCCAACACAAAGUUCAUCGAGUUCCUGGCGCUUACUCUUAUUAUGCUUAUUUUGAAUGGCUAUUAAUCUUCCUUGAUGUCUCUUUUGAUUCCUUAUCAAUUAUAGAUUUCAACGAUCUACAAAUCUCUUUAUUUCCUCAUCCAAUCAACUCAAUUACUCACAAUAAAUACCAAAAAUCUUCAUACAUUGACCAAUUAAUUGAAAAUGAUACUAUUUAUAACAAAUCCAUCCCCAAUCAACCUCCAUUUUCAACCUCAAUUAACCCAUCCGAUUCAAUUGAUUCACCUGAUUCAACUCCAAUCAAAAUCAAUCCUCAAUCUUGCUCUAUCAAAUCUUGCAUUUCAAAUUCCAUCUCUAACCCUCUAUCUUAUUUUAACCUCCUAAUAAACAUCAUCAACUCUUUUAUAUUUUGGUCCAUAUUAACAUGUCUAUUACCUAUGAUUUGGUUCUUCCCCCUAUGGCACAUGGGUAUCUCUGGCUUCGAACUAUGUAUCUUAUGUGUCUUGGCUCCUAUUUUCUUGAUUAUUCCCCCAAUAACAAGAUUCUUGGCCAACUACUCAUUUAUAACUAGACUCCUAUCUUCCUUAAUCGGUAUUGGUUCAUUCGUCGUUAAAAGACCGAGAUAUAAACUUUUAACUUGCUCAAUUGGUGUCGCUUUCUCUGCAAUCUCUUUAGCUAAUGAAAUUUGGUUUAUUGGUAAUAUUUCUUCCACAAACUUUGAUUCUUUUAAAAAGAUUGAAAAUCAAAAUGAUCUUUCUGAUGGAAAACAAAAAAAAAAUCAAAAUCAAAAUAAUAUCACCAAUAUCAGUAAUACAUAUUACAAAAAAAAUUUACUAAAAUACUACUCCACAACUUUCACAAUCGGCUUGAUCUUAUCCUCAAUAGCAAAAUACUCUUAUUAUUCAAACAACCCCGUUUGGCCCAUUAUGAACCAAAAAAUCGGUGGUUGGAAUAAAACCGCUUUAAUAGUUGCUUCUUUAGCCUCUUUAUUCACUCCAAACUAUAAAGCUUUAUACAAAAAUUUAAUUUCAAAGUCUCCAAUUGUUCCUAAACCAAAGACCUCCUUAGCUCAAGGAAAUGAGUCUCUACUUCUUUCUUCCUUUGGUUUUGGUGGUCUAAUCUUCAUGUUACACGGUUUAUUAUCUGAUUCUGGUACCAUAAUAACUUGGGUUUGGGAAGGUUAUCCAAUUAAAGGUCCAACUCCUGUUCCAUAUGGUGCCUUAACUUUAUCCCUAAUGAUUUACGGUACUUAUUUUGGUUUAACUUCUUCAUUUAAAUUAAACUCUUGGAAGCUUUAUUCCAUUUCAUCCAUCGGUUUUUUGACUCUAUAUCUAUUUAAAGGCUUGUUAGGUUAUCUCGGUGGUUUAGUUUACACCUUUUAUCUUUGCGCAAUUACCCCAACUAUUUUCAAUAAUGUUUUUAAAUUUAAUCCUAGUCUUGUUUUCUUUUUAUCCUUUUUUUGGGACGUCCUAUUAAUGCUAGGAAGUGUUUGGACUGUUGCCUAUGCUUUCGUUCCUGGUGGCCCAUUGUUAAGAGAAAGAACAGAUAUAAUUUUUGGUUCUGCUCAUCUUUUCAUCGGUUUAGGCGUCUUGGCUUCCCGUUUAUCUUCCUCGAAAAAUCAAGUCAAGGGUCUUAUAACUAACCUUCAAAUAAGAGUUUUAUCAGCAAAAAUAUUUAAUAAAUUCAAAUUGAUCCUUUUUAUUCUCACUUCUAUUUCAUUUCUAAUUUCUUUUAUUAGAUUUCCAUUCAAUAAACCGGUACCAUGGAACGCUGAUACAAAAACUUUUACAACUGGUAUUUGGACUGUUCAUUUUGGUUUGGAUAAUGAUUUGUGGGCUUCAGAAGAUAGAAUGAGAGACUUACUAAAAGAUGCUCAAAUUGAUAUAAUGGGUAUGUUAGAAACUGAUACUCAAAGAAUCAUCAUGGGUAAUCGUGAUUUAACUCAAAAAAUCGCCGAAGAUUUAGGUUAUUAUACAGAUUUCGGUCCAGGUCCAAACAAACAUACUUGGGGAUGUCUAUUGCUUUCCAAAUUCCCUAUCAUUAAUUCAACUCAUCAUCUUUUACCAAGUCCAGUGGGUGAAAUCGCUCCUGCAAUCCAUGCUACUUUAGACAUCUAUGGUGAAUAUGUUGAUGUUGUGGUUUUCCAUAGUGGUCAAGAAGAAGAUGUUGAAGACAGAAGAUUGCAAGCUUUAGGCGUAAGAGAUAUAAUGGGCUCAAGUAAUAGACCAAUGGUCCUUCUCAGUUAUCUUGUCACAAAACCUAAAAAAGGAAACUAUAAUAAAUAUGUUUCUAGAAGAUCUGGCAUGCAUGAUAUUGAUCCUAGUGAUUGGGAUAGAUGGUGUCAAUAUAUCCUAUUCAAAAAACUUAAAAGAAUAGCCUAUGCUAGAAUUAGUAGAAGUACAAUCACAGAUACCGAAAUUCAAAUUGGCAAAUUUAUGUUACCACCAAAAGACCUUGAAAAUGAGAAUGAGUUGUAUAGUAAUCAUAGAAUAGAUAAAAGCGAAGUUCCAGAAAACUUGAGAUUCCCUUCAGUAUUCAAUGGAGAUGGAGUUAGAGGUCACAGAUACCAUGUUUUCAACGAGCCUCAACAUCACCCUCGUCCAAAAUUAGUUUCAUUCGAUGAAAUCGACUAUAAUGAUUUAACUCAAUUAAGAGAGGCUCAAUAUUCCAUGAUUAGAGAGCAAUGGAUCAGGGUAGCUGCUUUCAAAAAUAUAAGAAAAGCCUUGGAAAAAUGCUACAGAGUGAGUGGUGUCAACCACUAUGAAGAUUGCAGAGAUUUAGCAGAAAGAUAUUUGCAAAUGUUACCAAAUCAUAAUGUUGGUGGUUAUUUGGGUUAUCAAAAGAACGAUCCAACUAAAUAAGAAACUUGAUAUAUUUGUGCUUGCAACGCCCUUUUUUUUACUUAUUUAACCAUCAAUUUAUUUUGAAAUUUCUUAAAGUUAUUCAAUUUGUCUUUAUUCUUCUGUAAUAAUCAUUCAAAGAAAAAUACAAUUUAGUUUGUCUGAGUUAUAAAGAAAAAAUAAAUGCAAACAAAGAUUCACGGUUUAGAUUCCACUCUCUAUUGUGUUUUUAAUAAUGUUUUUUUUUUUUUUCAAAACUACUAUAUAAUAUUCCUAUAAUUGAAAUUUUAUUAUUCGUUCAAUUAAUAUUCAUAUAUAAGGUAAUAAAUAUAAAAUAAUCAAGUACUAUUGACCUCUAUCAUCGAUCUUUUUAAUCCACUAUAAUCAAUUUUUUCAAUACGAUACUU